AUGGCACUCAGGUAUCUAUCACAACGUUUGGCUCAACAAAUUGACGAGGAGUUGAUGUCUCAGAAUGGUGCUUUUUCAAUUGAUCAGCUUAUGGAAUUAGCAGGGUUGAGCGUCUCAUGCGCGAUCGCAAAAGUUUAUCCUGUUCGAUCUUAUCCUCGAGUGAUGGUCUGCUGCGGGCCAGGAAACAACGGGGGUGACGGCCUUGUUGCUGCAAGACAUCUGUUCCAUUUUGGGUAUUCGCCGAGUAUAUUCUAUCCCAAGCGAGGUGGGAAGGAGUUAUAUCAGCGAUUAGUCACUCAAUGCGAUAAUUUAAAGAUACCGUCGAUUACGGACCUCAAACAACAACUGAAGCAAACUGAUCUGAUAGUUGAUGCUAUAUUUGGUUUCAGUUUCAGCGGAAAAGUGCGAACUCCAUUUGAUGAUGUCAUCCAGGCGUUUGAGGAGACAACUAUUCCAAUCGCUUCAGUCGAUAUUCCUUCCUCUUGGAACGUGGAAACAGGUCCAGAACCAAAUUCCUUUGUGCCGUCAUUGUUGAUAUCUCUUACUGCUCCAAAGCUAGGAAUGAAAGAUUUCAAAGGCACUCAUUAUUUAGGGGGAAGAUUCAUUCCACCGGCAUUGGCAGAGAAAUUUAAUUUAAAUCUCCCACCUUAUCCGGGAACCGAACAAGUUGUCGAUAUCACAGGAAUCCCAGUAUUAACAGAAGAGAGGUUGUAA